UACUGGUUUCCCUCUUUACUCGGGCCCCUUCGCUACCUUUUAGGGUUUUUCUCUUCUUGUUGCUCGGCAUACACGAAGCGGCGCGGCGUCAGCAAGGCUCUCAGAAGCAACAAUGAGCGAGGACAAGAAGCAAGGAGAUCUCGAUAUGGCCGAUCUGGGCUCUGCUUUACCCUCCAAUACAUCUGGUCUUAGCGCGGAGGACAGGGCGGGCAUUGUAAAUGCUCUCAAGAACAAGCUACAGAGCCUGGCGGGGCAGCACGCAGACGUGAUGGAAACUUUGUCUCCCAAGGUCAAGAAGCGGGUUGAGGUUCUGAAGGAAAUCCAGGCCGAGCAUGAUGAGCUUGAGGCUAAAUUUUAUGAGGAAAGAGCAGCCCUUGAGGCCAAAUACCAAAAGCUUUAUGAGCCUCUAUACACCAAGAGGUAUGAGAUUGUAAAUGGUGUGGUUGAAGUUGAGGGUGUUGCUGAUGACCUUGCAGAGGAUGCCGCUGAGGAUAAAGCAAAUGAAGGAAAAGGUGUGCCUGAGUUUUGGCUCACGGCAUUGAAAACCAACGAAGUUUUAUCUGAAGAGAUUCAUGAGCGUGAUGAGGAUGCUCUGAAAUAUCUUAGAGAUAUUAAGUGGUCCAAGCUUGAUGAUCCAAAGGGGUUUAAGCUCGAAUUCUUCUUCAAUUCCAAUCCUUAUUUCAAGAAUUCUGUUCUAACCAAAACAUAUCACAUGAUUGAUGACGACGAACCUAUUCUAGAGAAAGCUAUAGGGACUGAAAUUGAAUGGCUACCAGGAAAAUGUUUGACUCAGAAAAUUCUCAAAAAGAAGCCAAAGAAAGGAUCUAAGAACACCAAACCAAUAACAAAAACCGAAUCAUGCGAGAGUUUUUUCAAUUUCUUCAGUCCUCCCCAAGUCCCUGAUGAUGAUGAAGAAAUUGAAGAAGAGGCUGCUGAACAGCUACAGGACCUGAUGGAGCAAGACUACGACAUUGGUUCCACUAUUCGGGAUAAGAUCAUCCCCCAUGCUGUCUCAUGGUUCACUGGAGAGGCAGCUCAUGAAGAGGAUUUUGAAGAUAUGGCAGAAGAUGAUGAUGAAGGGGAUGAAGAUGAGGAUGAUGAGGAAGAAGAGGAUGAAGAAGAGGAAGAGGAAGAGGAAGAGGAAGCCAGAACGAGGAAGAAGCCUGCAGCUGGGCGUAAGAAGACUGGAGGAAAUGCUCAGCAAGUUGAUAGGCCUCCUGAAUGCAAACAGCAGUAAUCUAUCAUCAGCAUCGUGUUGUUUUUACAAAUAUGUUCAAUUUAUUGGUCAAGUGAACUUUAUCCUAUUGUUUAAUAUCUUGGUAUUAUGUGUGCUAGUUUUUUUGAAUUGAAAAUAUACUUGAAAUACUUCAAUUCUUUUCCGUAA